AUGCGUCCACAACCAGCACGAGCUUUGCGACGGAUGGCGUCGCCAAGAGAAGAGGCUCCACACAUUCAGAAGGAUGAGCGAGAAGUGAUGGCUUUCCAGAGGGCCUUGGCGGAGGAGGCAGCAGCAGCAGCGGCGGCAAAGACUCUGGCACAAGCUGAAGAAGUCUCCAGGCGGCGCGAUGAAAUCGUGGAACGCUUGGCUCAGGAAAUCCGAGACCUGAAGGAGAAACUGGCCACUGUUAGUGCAGCUAGUGGUGCUCGGCAGGAUCUCAAGACUUUUGGUGCUCAUGCUGUCACGCCUACGUCUACCAGUAGUGCAUGGGCAGCACAGAGCUGGGAGCCACUUCCAAAGGAAGGGGGUGCAGGCGGUGCAGGCGGUCGGAUGAGUACAGGAGAUGCAUGGGGCGCAGAGAAGUCUCAGAUGACAAUGACUCGACAGGAGAGCAAAGAUCUUCAGGAGGACGGAGGAGGAAAGCAUCGAAAAGACAAGGAGCGGCAUUCUCGGCGGAGGCAUGCCCCAGCACCUGGUGCAAGCGAAUGGCCAGAAGCAGAGGCCCACAUGGGCACAGAUGCAUGGUCAAAACCGCGAAGUCGCACGGUCUCUGGAGAAUUGCCCGAUGCAGAUCAGCCAAAAGAGAUGCACACCUCCAUGACGACCCCUGCAUUGCCCGUCAGUUCUUGGGACAGUCACGCGACGCCGAUGCAGAGACAACGGAGUGGCUCUGGAGAAAUGAAGUCGACUCCCAUGAUGCGCAGAGCAUCUGGUGAAAUGAGAUCGACGCCGACACUUCAAAGAAAUGGCUCUGCAGACGCGCAGUUGAAUGGCUUUGGGGACAUGAGAUCGACGCCGAUGCAGAGACAGCGGAGUGGCUCUGGAGAAAUGAAGUCGACGCCGAUGCAGAGACAACGGAGUGGCUCUGGAGAAAUGAAGUCGACUCCCAUGAUGCGCAGAGCAUCUGGUGAAAUGAGAUCGACGCCGACACUUCAAAGAAAUGGCUCUGCAGACGCGCAGUUGAAUGGCUUUGGGGACAUGAGAUCGACGCCGAUGCAGAGACAACGGAGUGGCUCUGGAGAAAUGAAGUCGCAGGCACAAGUCACCAAUGACGAGGCAUGGGCUAUAGAGGACGACAGAAUGGAAAAGUAUCGAUCCGUCUUCGCCCGAGCAGAUGUGGAUGGUGACGGCUUUGUGGAGCCAACUGAGGCCAGAGCUGUCCUGGUGAAAUCCAACUUGCCGCAGGAUGAGCUGGCGCAGAUCUAUACCCUGGCAGAUGUGGACAAGGAUGGCCGGCUGAACGAGGGAGAAUUUCUCUGCGCCCUGCACCUUGCGUGCAAGAGGAGUAAGGAGGGGCUGUUGCCAACGGAACUUCCUGGGCCUUUGCUGGCUUUGGCGCAACGACCAGAGGAAAACUGGUCAGUCAAGCCGGAGGAGCUGGGCCACUAUCUGCAAACCUUCCAACGCCUUGAUGCCCAAAGCAAAGGCAUCGUGGGCCAAGAAGAGGGGCGAGAGAUCUUCGAAAGCAGCGGCCUGCCAGUGCAAGAGCUCUCGUUCAUUUGGCAGCUCUCGGAUCGUGAUGCGGAUGGGAGCUUGGUAUUCCAAGAGUUUGCAAUGGCCAUGGCCAUCGUCGCAAGGCGUCGCCGUGGUUGGUCCCUACCAACUGCGUUGCCUGUGGCUUUGGUGAGGUCGGUGGAGUCGUUCAGCCCUGUGAGCUGGAGCGUUUCAGCUGGCGAGCUUGAGAGCUACAGAACCAUCUUCCAACGUGUUGAUCGAAAUGGCGUGGCAGAUUUGGCGGCAACCAAGGACUUGUUGGAGCAAUCCCAACUGCCGGUGUCAGAGCUGUCGGCCAUCUAUGCCAUGUCCGACUUGGACCACGAUGGUCGACUUUCAGAGCCAGAGUUCCUUUGCGCCAUGGCCUUGGUUGCACGACGGCGCAAGGGCGCACCCUUGCCAGAGCAAUUGCCGCUAGAGCUACGAGAGGCUUGUUGGUCCAUGCCGUCUACAAAUGCGGAGGCAGCAAUGAACCAGCCCAACGAGUCUCUACCGCUGUGGCAGCCAAAUCAUGAAGAGCUCAGGAGGUUUCAGCAACUCUUCGAUCAAUUGCAAGACCAUGGCUUCGUGUCGGCGGACAGGGCCCGGGAGGUGUUGGAAAGCUCCGGCCUACCACUGAAUGAUCUGGCAAAGAUUUGGGAUUUGGCAGAUGCUGGAGACGAUGGCAAACUGUCUUUGGGCGAAUUCCUCUGUGCAAUGUCUUUGUCAGCACGGCGUCGCGAGGGCCGCCAACUGCCCCAGAGCCUUCCCGAUGAACUUUUGCCUUGCGCCAGGCUAAGGGUCCAAGACAAGGUGGAGAUGCAGAGGUACUUGGCAAUGUUUCAGGAGCAAGUUCCCCGAGGCAGCGCUAUGCCUGCAGCGAAAGCGGCCGAAAUCUUGCAAAUGUCAGAGCUUCCACCCAGUGAUUUGGCACAGAUCUGGAACCUCAGUGGUGGCACCGACAACCUGGACCUGCUCCAGUUCCUCCAUGCCAUGGCAUUGACGGCUCGGAGAAGGGAAGGGCAAGCAUUGCCUGCCGCACUACCAGCUGAUUUGCUGCUUGCUGCUCAGCUCGUGGAGCCUGGAUAA